UGAUUACCCUCAUCCACCCAACGCGGAUAAUGGAAAAGGGCAAUGAGGGGAACAUGCAGUGGAGGGGCCGAGUCAGAUGCCGCUGGAAAUUCUGAGCCGAUCCUAUUUCUUAUUGCCUCGACUCACGAUCCAGUUUGAUCAUUCUCUGAACACCCGCACACACACACACAAUCCCAAUCAUGUCAACAGAAACGUCUGCCACCGCGCUCGUCUUGCACGGCGCUAAGGAUCUCCGUCUGGAGAAACGCACCGUCCCCGCUCCAACCGGCGCAGACAUCCAAGUCGCCGUCACAGCUACUGGACUCUGCGGCUCUGACCUGCAUUACUACUCCCACGGCCGCAAUGGCGACUUUGUCGUGCGCGAGCCCAUGUGUCUCGGCCACGAAUCCGCCGGCACAGUCACAGCCAUCGGUCCCGAAGUAACAACCUUCAAAGUCGGCGACCGCGUCGCCCUCGAAGUCGGUCUUCCCUGCCGCACCUGCGCCCUCUGCAAACAGGGCCGCUACAACAUCUGCUUGAAGAUGCGGUUCCGCAGCAGCGCAAAGACCCACCCCCAUCUGGACGGUACUCUAAUGGAGCGUACCAACCACCCAGCCGCCAUGUGUCACGCCCUGCCCGCAAACGUCUCCGACGCGGGUGGUGCCCUCGUCGAGCCACUGGCCGUCUGUCUUCAUGCGAUUCGCCGCUCGCACCCACCAACCAAGGAGGAAGUCACCCUGGCACGCUCCGCGGGCGAAGGCACGGCAGCACUAGUCUGUGGCGCCGGCGCCAUCGGCCUGCUCAUCGCCUCCGCGCUCGCAGUCUCCGAGAAUUUCGAUACCAUCGUCGUAGCCGACAUCGACGCCUCGCGCCUCGAAAUCGCAUCCUCCCUCGGCCUCGGCCUGAAGACAUUCCUCAUCCCCCGCGGUGAUCCCGCAAACCCUCCCCCUCCCAAGGACGCCCCGCACGCUGACCAGACAGCCUGGGCGCUCAAGAAUGCCCAGAAUGUCGCGGCGUCGCUUACCCAGGCUGCGCAGGCGGAUGGCGUCCCGCCCGUCUCGGGCUUCAGCCGUGUGUAUGAAUGCACCGGUGUCCCGGCUUGCGUGCAGGCCGGCAUCUACGCCUCCGCACCGGGCGGUGUCCUUGUCCAGAUCGGUAUGGGCAAUCCCAUCCAGACUUUGCCCGUUGGUGCUGCGGCCCUGCGAGAGGUCGAUAUCAUCGGUGUCUUCCGAUAUGAUGGGUAUGCUUACCCGGCUGCCAUUGCCCUGUUGGGUAGUGGUAAGUUGAAGAGUACCGAGGAGAAGGUUGUGACGCACCGAUUGCCUCUUGAGGAAGGUGAGCGUGCGUUUACCCUUGCAGGUAAGGGUGUUGAUGAGGACGGACGGCCCGUCGUUAAGGUUAUAAUUGAGAACAAGCCACAUGCUUUGGGUCGGUUGUAAAAAAAAUGGUGGGCGGAUGGAUAGUUGUUUCUGUGAUGACGUUGAUGACCCUUUUUUGAAAAAUACCCAUUGUGAUAGUAGGCGGGGGCUGUUGGAGACUGGUUGCAUGCGCCGUUGACGCAAUUUGAAGAUUUUGUUUUAUAGCAUAGAAUGCAUGAUGAUUUCCGUCUUCUUUACACGAGCAAU